AUUUACACCACCGUAAUGAAUGAAUGAUAAAGAAAGAUAUGGAUGGGAGGUUCGUCCUCUCCGAGAAACAAAGAAAGUAAGUGCAUACUGCCUAGUAUGUAGCUGGAGCUUCCCUAUCUUUUCGCUGACUAAACACUAUGUGUUGAAAAGCAGAAUCACCGUGGUCAAGAUCCUCAUUGCAUGA